CUCCACCUACUCGCGUUCGAUGAGGCAGCUGGACUGUAGAUUUUUUCAAGACCCAUUCCGGCUGAACAUCGGCUAUGCAUCACAUCUUCCUCUUAAAGAAGAACGACUGUUCCCAACAUUUACCUGCCAUCGUUGUCCGACCUCGUUCACCCCAGUUCAAUCCUCUUUACUCGAAGUUGUUUUUGAACAAUUGAUCGUCUUCAGAAGCUGAAUCCAGAUCUAUUCCUUCACUUUCGUCAAGAAAGCGUGGAGAGAGAGGAGCAAAUAUGUCCAAAUUACCUCAGCCAAACAUUGUUUUUAUCAUGGCGGACGACCAUGCCUCGAAGUCGAUCUCAUGUUACGGGGCAGGUAUUAAUCACACCCCUAACCUAGAUCGAAUUGCCCAGGAAGGGAUGCGAUUUAACCAUUGUUAUGUCACGAACAGUAUAUGUACACCAUCUCGCGCAGCAAUCCUCACGGGAACACACAAUCACGUUAAUCUAGUUAUGACUCUUCAGUCGGAGAUUAACGAGCGUCUACCCAACGUCGCUAAGCACCUUCAGACAGGAGGGUACCAGACGGCAAUGGUUGGGAAAUGGCAUUUGGGAGAAGGGAAGGGCCAUGAACCAACAGGCUUCGACUACUGGAGUGUGGUUCCAGGCCAGGGCGAGUACUAUGAUCCUCUUUUCAUUGAAUCAACUGGCACGAACCGAGUUCCCGGCUACGCAACCGACAUUAUCAUGGACAAGAGCCUUGAUUUUAUAAAGAACAGAGACAAAGAUCGACCGUUUUUUGUGAUGUGUCAUCACAAGGCUCCGCAUCGAAGCUGGGAGUGCGACCCCAAACACAAGCAUCUAUACAAAGACCCGGUCAAGCUUCCGGAUACCUUUACUGACGACUACAAGAACCGGGCUCGCGCUGCAAAGAUUGCCAAAAUGCGCAUUGCUGACGAUAUCACGUAUCAUGAUUUAGGAUUGGUACAGCCCGAUGGUGGUAGCGAGAUUGGACAGAAAAUGAUCGACGUGUGGUGGUGGCAUGAUCGGAAGAUUCCCAACCCUGAAGAUGUCACCAAGUUGCGACUGAUUGACAAAGACGAUGGUACCGUUUUCACCUUCAAGACACCGGCAGAACUAGCCGAGUUCAAGUACCAGCGUUACAUGCAGCGCUAUCUGCGAACAAUUCAGAGUAUUGAUGAUAAUACGGGACGCCUCCUUGAUUACUUGGAUGAAGAGGGACUCGCAGAAAACACGAUUGUGAUCUAUACCUCAGACCAAGGAUUCUUCCUAGGCGAGCAUGGUUGGUUUGACAAGCGAUUCAUGUACGAAGAAAGCUUCCAGAUGCCCUUCCUUAUCAGGUGGCCCAAAGAGAUCAAGGCUGGGACCGUAUGCGACGACAUAAUAUCCAAUGUUGACUUUGCUCCACUCUUUCUCGACUGCGCUGCGCUCAAGAUACCAAGCUACAUGCAAGGUUUCUCUUUUCGACAACUACUCAGUGGUCAAACGCCAUCAGACUGGCAGAAGGUAGCUUAUCACCGCUAUUGGAUGCAUAACGACGUAAUACACGAAGCAUAUGCACACUACGGUAUACGAGACCAAAGAUACAAGCUUAUCUAUUGGUACAAUGAGGACUUUGGCCUUGAAGGUGCCCGACCUGGAGAUGCGGAGCACAAGGAGUGGGAGCUAUUUGACUGCCAAGAAGAUCCUCUGGAGCUCUUCAAUGUGUACCAUGAUCCAGCGUACAAGGCAAUUUUAGAUCAAAUGACGAAAAUGCUAGAAGACAAGAUGGCAGAUAUCGGUGAUACACCUGUUCACCUGGUCAGAUAG